CGCGCUGCUGUCCAUCAUCCCGCGGGCCCGCCUUGCCGCUGGUUGCCGCGGUGACGGGAGGACGCUGGGGCGGGAGCGGGGAGCCGCGGACGCUCCGCCAUGGCGCAGCCCGACGAGCCGCGGCCCACGGUCGUUCCCUGCCGCCCCCUGCCCGCCGGGAUCUGCGAUGUGGUCCGCAGCGACAGGCCGCGCUCCUGCUGCGGCAUGGCCAUGGCCGGCUACCGCACCGCCAAGUACCAGCUGCCCGAGUGGCACCGCCGCAACGCGGGCGUCUACUGCAGCGCGAUCGCGGCCAGCGAGGAGGCGGAGCGCGGCCGCGCCGAGGCCAAGCACCUGACCAAGCAUGCGGCCGCCAGCGCGCAGCGAGCCCAGGAGUACUCCAAAAGCACCCUGGGCCAGCGGCUGGGCGACAUCCACUUCUGGAGGAUGGAGCUGCAGAAGGAGAUCAUGGAGCUGGACGCCGAGACCAACCUGCUGGCGGCCCAGAAGCUGCGGCUGGAGCGGGCGCUCGAUGCCACCGAGGUGCCCUACGCGGUUGUCAUCGAUAACCUGGAGUGCCGGGAGCGGCGGCAGCCGCCGGACCUGGUGAUCGAUGAGGUGGAGAGGCAGCUGCUGCAGGAAGCUGAUCUUCUCCGGGAUAUUCGGGAUCUUCUGAAAAGAACCAUCAUCCAAGCUACCACCCAGAUCAGAUCCAACCGGAUCCAGAAGGAGAACUGCGAGCUGGACUGGUCGGACAAGGUGGAGACGUAUCACAUCGACGAUAAGUGCAUCAGCUACUGCCCCGACAGCACCAACAUCCAGUCCCACCCCAGCUCCCUCAAGUUCGAGGAGAACGCCUCCACACCCAAAUCCUGGGCGGAGUUCAGCCACGACAACAUUUGCAGAGCGGAGCAGGAGAAGCUGGCGUCGGUGCAGCUGCGCUCGUUGAUCAACAACAUCAUCCACGACGCCUCCGAGGACCUGCGCAUGCAGCGGGCGGCGGCCAACGAGGCCUUCGACAGCCACUGCCGGCAGCUGGAUGAGGCCAAGCUGCGCCUGGAGCAGCACCUGGAGCAGAUCCUGAAGGAUAUUGGGGAGGAGGAAGCCAACAUAGUGAACCUGAAAAAAGCCAUCAGGGACAAAGAAGCUUUCCUGAAAGUGGCUCAAACCAGGCUCUAUGACAGAUCCUUCAGGCCCAACGUCGAGCUCUGCAGGGAUGAGCCCCAGUUCAGGUUGGUGAGCGAAGUGGAACAACUCACAGUAUUCCUGGAGGCCCUGAAGAGAAAACUGAUGGAAUCAGAGCAGAACCUGAAGAAUUUGGAGGAGACCAGGAUGAAGCUGGAGAAGGAAAUUGCAGUGAAAGCCAACAGCAUUUUUAUUGACAGGCAGAAGUGCAUGAGCAACCGAGUUCGCUACCCUGUGGACCUGGAAGUGGCGAGUUACAAGCAGUGAUUUCUGCACUCAGCCUGGGGAAAAACACAAUUCCUUCUUUUCUAUUGAGCCAUUGGCAAGUGUGGGGAAAAAUCCGUGAGCUUUCAUAUGGAAUAAAUU